AGGUGAGCUGUGGCCAAUGGGCGCGCGCGGGGCAGGUGCCUGCUAACACGCGCCUCUCAGCACUGCUGCGGAGUCCGGGAAGGGCAGUUCUGGGAGGACCCGGGGCGGGGGUCGGUCCUGGCGGGGUUCGGGAGGGCGGGAACCGGGAUCAGCCCUUGGGCCGCACAGGCAGAUCUCAGCCGCUCACAGAGCCCGCACCAGUGCCCGCGUCAGGAGCUACCCGCGCGGCCGCAGGGGCCUGAGCUUCUGGCUGCGCGCUGUGGCCGGACUCCAGGCUCGCUGGCUCACACGCCCCUAGCCGCUCCGCGCUUGGCUCGCCGGAGGGGGCCUAGCGCGGGCGGGCGGGCGGGGGAGGUGAGGGGUGCGGGUGUGUGUGCAUGUGCCUGGCUGGGUGCACACCCCGCACGGCGGCGGCGCCUGGACGCGGAGCUCUCCCCAGAGCCGGGCUGCCUCGCUCGGCUCCGGCGGCCGCGACCAUGUUCCAGCCCGCGACCAAGCGCGGCUUUACCAUCGAGUCUUUGGUGGCCAAGGACGGCGGCGCCGGUGGGGGCAGCGGCGGUGGUGCGAGCUCCCAUCCCCUGGCGGCGCCCGCCUCGGAGGAACCGCUCCGGCCCACGGCACUCAACUACCCUCACCCUGGCGCGGCCGAGGCCGCCUUCGUUAGCGGCUUCCCCGCGGCGGCAGCCGCCGCCGCCGCCGCAGGCGCCGGCCGUUCUCUCUAUGGUGGGCCAGAGCUCGUAUUCCCCGAGGCCAUGAACCACCCCGCGCUGACCGUGCACCCGGCACACCAGCUAGGUGCCUCCCCGCUGCAGCCCCCGCACUCCUUCUUCGGCGCCCAGCACCGGGACCCGCUUCACUUCUACCCCUGGGUCCUGCGGAACCGCUUCUUCGGCCACCGCUUCCAGGCGAGCGACGUGCCUCAGGACGGGCUGCUUCUGCACGGCCCCUUCGCGCGCAAACCCAAGCGGAUCCGCACAGCCUUCUCGCCCUCGCAGCUGCUGCGACUGGAGCGCGCCUUCGAGAAGAACCACUACGUGGUGGGUGCCGAGCGCAAGCAGCUGGCUGGAAGCCUCAGCCUCUCCGAGACUCAGGUGAAGGUGUGGUUCCAGAACCGGAGGACAAAGUACAAGCGGCAGAAGCUGGAGGAAGAGGGGCCCGAGUCUGAGCAGAAGAAGAAGGGCUCCCACCACAUCAACCGGUGGCGCAUUGCCACAAAGCAGGCCAACGGGGAGGACAUCGAUGUCACCUCCAAUGACUAGGGGCAGGCAGCCAUGAACCCACGAAUCCAGAGUGCUGCUCGCUGCUGGCCAAGCCCCUGAGGGCCCAGCUGGACUCUGGCCAUUCUCCAGCCAGGCUAUGGGGAGGCCUUGAAUCACAGCCCCACAGGGCUUGGAGCCUGGGGCCAUCACUGACAGAGGGGCAAGACAUGGGCUGGCUGAGGACGAGGGCUGGGGCCACUCGGCUAUCUCCUCAGAGACCAUGCCUGCCUGGGCCUGCUGCCCACCACCACAGCCUCCCAGCUGUUAUCCAUUUCCUUUAUCUUACCUCCUUUUUGUUUUGAUGCAUUUCUGUUUUAAUUUAUUUUCCAGGCAUUCACUGUAGUUCUUAGUGAUCCCCUUGUGUCUCCCUUCCCUAUGGGAAUAAAGUCUCUCU